AUGUGGUGCUGUGAUAUCUUCCUGUGGUGCUAUGAAAACUUCCUGUGGUGCUGUGAUAUCUUCUUGUGGUGCUGUCAUAUCUUCCUGUGGUGCUGUGAAAACUUCAUGUGGUGCUGUGAUAUCUUCCUGUGGUGCUGUGAAAUCUUCCUGUGGUGCUGUGAAAACUUCAUGUGGUGCUGUGAUAUCUUCCUGUGGUGCUAUGAAAACUUUCUGUGGUGCUGUGAUAUCUUUCUGUGGUGCUGUGAUAUCUUCCUUGGUGAUGUGAUAUCUUCCUGUGGUGCUGUGACAUCUUCCUGUGGUACUGUGAAAUCUUCCUGUGGUGCUGUGAUAUCUUCCUGUGGUGCUGUGAUAUCUUCCUGUGGUGCUGUGAUAUCUUGCUGUGGUGCUGUGAUAUCCUCCUGUGGUGCUGUGAUAUCUUCCUGUGGUGCUGUGAUAUUCUCCUCGGUUGCUGUGAUAUCUUCCUUUUGCCAUGGAACCUGUGAGCUGGAUUAUGUUCCACUCCUUUGUUAA